AUGAACAACAGCGCGGAUCUUGUCGAUGAGAGUCCCUCAGCACUGCUUUGGGUGAAUGAAUCGGAUGCCUACAUAGAUUUGGUCAAAAAACCCGAUGAAACGACGAUAUAUUUUGGGAUAUUUUGCCUUGACAAGUGGCACCAACAAUCUGUUGAGAAGCUGGGGGAAGUGAAAGCUAAGUUGCAGGAUAUCAUCAAUGUUUGGAACAGGUGUUAUCCAUGGGGCAAUUAUGCGGGCAUUGAAAUAAAGGUCGUUGCUGAACUCAAUGAAGCACCUUUCAUUUUUGGCUCUUUAUGCGUCGAGCAUCAUCAGGAGAAAGAGGAGCCUUUGGUGGUGUUUUUUCUACAAGACCUCUCUAAAGGUCUAGAUACUGAUAUUUUUAUCAAGGUGUGCUCCUCAGAAGGAGAAGUAUUACUAAUGGAGUGUUACGACGUCCUGCCGUCAGAAUACGAAUAUCCUAAGGGCAACAAUCGACUUUGGAUUCACCAAGGAAAAUUUAAGUUUAUACCUAAAGAUUUGGCACCACACAGAGGUCUGCGAAGACACGAAGCUUUGCAAUUUUUGACAACCUCUUAUUAUAAGCUGUCGGAAAUACCUGAAGUUAGCAGUAGACUUGCUGAAAGAAUUGGUCUCGGCAAGUCUCCAGAAUAUCACCUUGAAAGUUUAGUAUUGCUUCCAUUAUUGCUGAGAAAUGAAACGUUCUACAGACUCGUGAACGAGAAUCCCAGGGUUAUAAGUUUGGCUUUAAAGAACAUUUAUAUGAACGGGCAGGACCCUCAAGAAGCCGCGACUGUCAAUAAAUUUGCAGUUACUAAAAAGUGUUGCAGUAUCAAACUUCUGAUAUCCAAGUCGCAAGAAAAGUUUCUUGCCGGUUUUUUGCUGGAUUCUGGACUCGACUUAGAAAGCAAGAACUUGCCUUUAGUCAUUGGUGAUAUUAUCUCGACAUCAUUGCAAGAACUGGUGAGUAACAAUGAGCUGGACAUAUGUCAACCUUCGGGGGAAACGUUAGACCUCUUGUCGGGAUUAAAAACAAACGGUUUUUUAAAAGAUGGAUAUGAGCUCCCAGAAGCUAAUUUUGCGAGUGCUGUGAAGUCAGACGAUAAAAUUACCGACAGAGAAACUAUAUCACGGAUGCAGCGUUUGUUUUCCGAUAUUGGUACGGAUCUCGACUCAAAAAAAGACGCUGAGGGCGUCAAAGGCGACGAUUCAAGCGAGGACGACAGUGAAAACUAUGCGGACCGAGAAGCAUUGAACUACUUUAAAAAGGAGGACAUUGAUAUUGACGAAGACGAUUUCUUUGAGUAUUUUCUAACUGAGGCUCUAAAACUAAAGAAAGACGAUCUUGACGACUUGCGUCAGGAGAAAAGCGUUUUUUCAGCCUCCUCACCACCAGAUGAGGAAGAAGCUGAAAUGCUUGCCGAACUUGAGCAGCUUUUUGGUCAAAAAAAUGGCGAUAGUGGAGAAGCAAUCCACCAGCUUUUGGGAUCCCUAAAGCUGGAUCCUUCGACGGGGGUUGAUCUUGGAUCAUUCAUAGAUCAUAUUGACUCUGACUAG